UACUCUGUAAUAGCUAAUAUAAUAUAAAGUAAUUCCAACUCUGCAUUUAACAUAUACUGCAUUUAACAUUUCCUAAUAAUGUUAUUCUGUUAGCAAUAGAAUAUUUGUACUUGAAAAGUAUAAGAAUGCCGAUUGAAUUAAUUGAAGACACUUCUAUAAAAAUAAAUCCAAAUAAAAAGUUAAUUGAAUUUGUUUUUAAAAAUAUUAAAAAAACUAACGAUGCUCCAUCUGGUAUUGUUGCUUUAAAGAAGUCUGGUAAAGAUAGGCGAAAGGAUGUUUUAUUGAAAUUGGAUGACAUAAGAUGGCUGAAUUCAUACCUAGAAGAGCACAGAAAAACAAAACUGGAAAAUGUUUAUUUACAUGAACUAUUAGAACAGGCAGAUAUACAAUUACCAACACCAAAAAUUACUCCACGGAAUCCUGACCUAGAAGCUAGAAUACAGAAACUGAAAGCACAACAGGAUGCUAGAGAAUACAGAGCUAUGACCAAAGGUGUUGACUCAGUUAGAAGAAAACUACCAGAAGACACUAUUUCUUUUCAAAUGAAGCAAAUAAAUAAGCAACUCAUAGCUGUUGCACAAUUUGUAUUUUCUGUACUAGCAGGUUUUGCCUUUGGAUUCAUAGGGGUGGAGUUGAUUGUUGGAAGUUUAGACUUUGGAUUUAGAUUAUUACUAGGUAUAAUUUGUGCAUUAAUCAUAGCCUUGGCUGAAAUCUACUUUUUAGCCAUUAAAUUAAACGAGGAUGAUUAUGAUACAAUAUCAACAUCAAUACCAAAAAAAUUACAUCAAGAAUAAAAUGUUACAAGUGAUUAUUAUAAAAGUGUAUUCUAGAAUUAAUGGAUUAUUUUGCAAUUUCUAUAAGUAAUACUAUAAUGUGGCAUAAAAGUUUUCAAAACAAAUGAUACAGCUAAAAGAUACAUUCAACACAGAGAAAUCUGCAUUUUAUUUGUUUCAAUAAUUAAAUAAAAAUAGCAAGGAGCUUUUUGGGCUGAUAGAUUAUGAAAAAUAAAUAAAUUCCUUCCUUUGUACAAAUGCUUACAAUGUUUCUGUAAUGUACCUACAUAGUAUGUGAUAAUCUUUCUUAUUGAAUACAUAUAAAAAUAAUGCUCAA